GGUGUUUGCUAAAGGCGAGCUAGCAACUUGGACUCCUCGUUUUAUACCACAUUGCAAAGGAAUCCUGAGUUUUCAUCUGGCUUAAUAUGAUAAACACACGUGCACCAAACAUGUCAGCUUGGAAGUGAUUUCAGCAUGAAACGAAGAAACAUAAAGAUGUGAUCUGAGGUUCUGACUGGAAGGGAAAAUCUGCAGCGCAAUAAGCACCUCUUCAGCCAGCUGGUCGGUUCAUGUGCACAGGAGAAGAUCAUGUCGGAUUUCUCGCUGGCAGAUGCCUUAGGAGAUGACAGUUCAAGCCAGGCAAAGAAAGUAGGGAACACCAACCCAUCUGCCCCUGCCAGCAACCCCCCACCUCUUACAAACCCAGGAUGGCCUGGUUCAGCCCCAGGAGCUCCCACACAGCCCUCUGCACCAGUUGACUUUGCCGGUGGAUCAUCUGGCCCAGGGGCUCCAGGCCAGUUCCCGUUUCACUCUGGUCCCGGGGCACCAGGGCAAUACCCAGGACCUCCUUCAGCACCCGGUGGGUUCCCCCCUGGUCCUGGGAUACCAGGACAAUAUCCACCUGCACCAGGAGCUCCAGGGCAGUUCCCCUCCAGUCCUGGAGCACCUGGUCAGUUCCCUGGGCAGUACCCACCUGAAGGAGCUCCAGGACAGCUACCUGGAGGCCCUGUUCCUUACCCAACUGGACCGUUUCCUUCUGGUCCCGGAGCACCCACUGGUCCUUAUCCAAAUGUGCCUUUCCCUGGAAGUCAGCAAGGAGGAGGCAACGGGAUGUACGGACCCGGUGGUCCAGGUGCAUUCCCCCCUCCAGCUGGCCCUGGCUCUUUCCCUGCAUUCCCUGCUGGAGGCUUUCCUCCAAUACCCCCUGGGUCAUGGGGACCACCAAGUGGAGGCUUCCCUCCUGCCCCUGGACCCUUUGGUCCUGGUCCUGGGCCUAUGGGUCCAUAUGGAGGACCUGCUGCUCCAGGAGGCAUGCUGAUGAUGCCACAUGAUCUCCCUCUUCAUGCUGGAAUUAUGCCACGACUUUUAAUCACAGUAGUUGGGGAGCCUGUUCCAGGUGCAAACAGGUUCCAAGUCGACUUCAUGAAAGGCCCGGAUGUCAUCUUUCACUUCAAUCCUCGAUUUAACGAGCAAACAAUUGUCAGAAAUUCCAACCUCGGUGGAUGUUGGGGGCCCGAGGAGAGAGAAGGAGGAUUCCCUUUUGUUCAAGGACGCCGCUUUGAGCUGAAGAUCCUUGUGGAGGAGGACAUGUUCAAAGUGGCGGUGGACGGCACCCACCUGCUGGAGUACGAGCACAGAGUCGGCGGGCUGGAGGAAGUGACCCUGGUGCGAAUAGACGGAGACGUCAUCCUCUACAGCGCAGCCCCGAGCAUGAUCUGAAUCUCAGAGCUACUGAAACACAUGCUGGACAGGAGGAGGCCUAGUUCAAACUUUACCGCUGUAUUUGGAAACCUUUCAAGUACCCUGAUGGGGUUUUUAAAGGCGCAGUAGUGAAGAGAAGUAUGAAGUGCAAUCUUUGCCCAUUUGGAGCUUCUUUGUUUAUAACACAACAGAUGCCAGAUUAAGCCAGGUCUGCAUACCAUAAUCCUUUUCAUUUUUAACUGGCUGACAUUUUAUAGCCACUCACAAUCUAGUAUAUUUUAAGACCUAACAAUAGCAAAGUAAUGAAUGAGAUCAAGUGCGUUCAGAUCCGACAUUUAAAGGAAAUACUAAUUUAUAUCUAAAGAAAGGACUGUAGAUGAAGAGAAAUGUGUCGUGUCCCAGACAUGUUCCACUAAACACUUUCCACUAGUCUGCUGUGUUUUGUUUACAGUACAUGUAUGUUUGUAAGCCUUUGAAAUGCAUGAUAGUGUGCUGCUAAGAAAAUCAGCUUGGUCUCCUUUUCACUGUCUCACUUCAGUGCUGACAAACCACCAAGAGUCACUGGCCCUGUUCACAUACAGGAGGCUAACGAUUAAGUUUCUUUAAAAGUAUUUAUGUUCUGACCUUGAGCUCCUCCUUUCUUCAGUGUUAAUCCUCUAAGUCUGGAGGAAGUUAUGAUUUCAUGUUGAAGUGAUGCUCAAGUGAAAUGUGGGAAAAAUGAGGGAUUUGAUGGGUCUCUUGAUUUUGUUGCCAAAGAUUACAGUGGUACAAUAUUUUGAAAUUGUGUGAUUAAAAAUAAAAAGGGCAACAGAGAAAUGCUGAUUGAUUCAGAAUAUUGUACACUUUUCAUGAGCUGCCUGCCUUUACACACAAUAAACACUAGUUCUCCUGUCCA